UUUUCACCCAAAAAAGUAUCAGAACGCAACUGCUAUUUACUGGCGGGAUUCUUAUGCAUUGAUGUACCUCCUUUCGACGAGUUGGAUGACACCAGAUGUCAUCCCGUAUUUGUUAAAUUAAUCUGGAACUUUCUUGUCGCGCAUGCGUGCCUCCAAUGACGGAACUGUGUUGACAAAUUUCGCAGGAGGGUCUACGGCAGCCCCAGUCGUUGUGUUUCCGUCAUCUCCCAUGGAAACGGUCGCUGCGGCUUGCCUAUCGUUUCCAGCCAUAGCUAACGCUAACAGUCGUUUCAGGUUCAGUCUCCCGGAGAUGAGCCAUUAUCCUGGUCAUCAGUGUUCCAAGUUUUAAAGGAAGUUCCUCUAUGGUUUUGUUAAUCGUCAUUUGAUCACUACAGCCUGGCUGUCGGAGCGAGUGAGACGGUCUGCCCGUCCAAAACCCUCGGCUGAAAUGAAGAGCCAACAGAAGAGCCCGGAGCCCGAGGGGAGCGUCACUGUUAACGAGGAAGGCUCUGUAGCUACAGCAGAAGAUCCAGCCGCCAUCGCUGCCAUCCAGUCUGCCGCCACCUUCACAGACCCACAGAUCAAGUAUCAAGUCUUCAAGACAGAAGGAGCUGGUGGGCAGGUGACCUACAGGGUGAUCCAGGUGUCAGAUGGGCAGCUGGAGGCCCAGACAGACGGAGCCGCUGUCAGUCUGGUCGCUGGUUUCCCAGCAACCACGCAGACUGUCACACAGGCAGUCAUCUCUCAGCCAGAAGGGCUGGAAGGAGAUGGCAGCGCUGAGGCCCAGUACGCUUAUUACCCGGCCACCAUUGCAGAAGCCACUGCUGGCACCAUGGUAACUACAGUGCAAGCUACUGACACUCUGCUGGGCCAGACCACCCCAGCAGGUCAGCUUUAUGUGAUGAUGUCACCCCAAGAAGUUUUAACCGGAUCCAGUCAGAGGACGAUAGCACCGCGCACCCAGCCAUACGUAGCAAAGCAGGAAGCUCCUCGGGGCUCCAGGGAUGAAAAACGGCGAGCGCAGCACAACGAAGUCGAGCGGAGGCGCAGGGACAAGAUCAACAACUGGAUUGUUCAGCUGUCAAAGACCAUCCCAGAGUGUAACAUCGACUACACCAAGACAGGCCAGAGUAAAGGGGGGAUCUUGUCAAAAGCCUGCGAUUACAUCAAAGAGCUGAGACAAAGCAACAUGAAGCUGGGAGAAGAUAUCAGCGUUCUGGAACGACUGCGGGUCGACAACCAACUACUAAGACAGGAAGUGGAAAACUGGGAAUCCAAGAAUCAGAUCCUGAGGAACCUUUUGCGACAGCAUGGCAUUGUUGGGUCAUCGAGCUCGGAUCCUCAGUGAAGCCUGUUGCCAGUGAAGUAUUUGAAGAUGAAUACUAAUGGGCCAAAAGAGUACUUGAAAUGCUUAGAAAAUAUGUAUCUUGUCAUUGAGCAUGCACAAUAUGGGUUAAUUAUUAGAAUAUUGUUUUGAAUAUUCACAUCCACCCUUUGUGAAAUUUUCCAGAUUUUUUUAAGCUCUUAACAAUUAUGUAAUUUACCUAGGAAUUAUAACAUUAUUUUUUAACUUAAUGGACCUGCAGCGUGUUUUUUUUUUUUUUUUAUCAGAUUCAGGAAAGCUCUUCUUGAUGCCUUUUACUAUGAGCAUGUAUGAACGAUCAUUCAACUCCAGUACAGGAAGCUCUUAUGCUUAAACUCUGUUGUACUUAGUAUAAACGGCACUCAUUUUAAUGUCUCUAGACAUUACAUUCUUGUGUUGAUGUCUGUUAUCAUUGUCACUUUAAGCAGUCUAUACCAAGUUUAUCAUCCAGAUUAAAGUCUGGGUUUGCUUUUGUUUCUCUGCUUGUUGGGGACUGUGGUUACAUUGCAACAAUGUAACCACUAAGUAAAGAAUGAAAUGGGUUUAGGAAGUCAAACAUUGGAUGAUAACUGUCUGUCUUUAUAAUAAAAAUGUAAAUAGUAAAAUGCU